AUGGCCCCCCCGUCCAACGACGCUUCGUUCCAUGCUGAGCCCUUGCAAACAAAGAGCGACUCCACACUCCCGACUCCCAUGGCCACGCCCACCGACAACGAGCACAUGGCACACCAGAAGCCCCACGACGACCAUGAUGAUACCUUUUACCUGCCCGAUUCAGACCUGCCGCCGCUCCCCAUCGGCGACGACGACGACAGCAUCAUACCCCGUGUAGUCGGUGAAGAGGACGCGAACCAGGAGAGCGUCUUCGACGAUGGCGAAAUGAAACGCCAAUUAAUGGACAUUGAAUCAAGUUUCAUCCCAGAAGCACCCAUUCACGCCGAAGCAACACAGUUACUACCCGGUGCCGACGACACGUACCUAUUCGGUGGCUCGCCGGGCAAUUCGCAGCAGUCGUCUCGUCCAGCCCACGACGACUCGGCCAUGCGCCGGGUCAUGGACACGCUCGAGGAGAUGACAAAGCCCAAGAAGAAGCCCAAGAAGCUCGAGGUGCGCAGUGGGCACACACCGACCCAGUCGCAGAACCGAAACUCCUUUCAGGCCGACUCCCCAUCCUUCUCCGAAGCCCCUACCCCUGCCGGUGCUUACAAGACGCCCGCUGCUCGCCCGCUAGAUUUCGACCCCGACGACUCCAUGGACGCCGACACAUCUACAUCAGAUGUCGCGCCUUCUUCGCCCUCUGCACAGGCAGCCCAGCGAAGCCAAACGCGCUCUACAGCAGAGCACACCGUACAGCAGGCGCGAGACGAUGACGGCGAAGGCGACGACGAUGAUGACGAAGAAGAAGAGGGGGAGGAGGGGGAAGAUGACCAAGACACAACUUCUCAAGAUGGGCAAGCUGCCCCAGGUGCCCGGCAGAAAGAUGGUGACAUGCGGCGCCCAACGUCUAGCGCUUCCACCGUUAAGGCCCCUGAUUUUUCCCAGACCGAAGACGGUUCCUCACUCACCAACACGACUGACUCGAGUAUGGACAGCACAUCCAUGCCUCCACCAAGUGCUCCUGCAACCGUCCAAAAGGUAAGUAAUCGACCAAACUACCUGCAGCACCGCAAUUCGAGCCAGCGGUCAUCCGUGUCCUCCCUCACCAAUCGCUCCGAUGCAUCUGGAGAUGGCGCAACCGAAGAAAGCCUAGGCGCAGACUUUGCCCUGCAAACUGGAGGUGCGGUACCGCGCUCAAGCGGGCCGCAAAAAAUGAACGUUGCCCUAUCGAGACUUCCGAGUCUGGGUAGCAUCGCAUCUUCCAUGUCAGGAUACAGUGACACUAACCCUUGGGACAAGGGCCGGAGUAUCAGCGCCAAUUCUUUAUCCGCCUUUCUUCAGCCAGAUAAUAGUCUGGGUAGGUUAGAAGAAGAAGUCCCCAGUGCAACACCACCCGAGACACCACGUGCUCCCAGCGUUCAGCCCGCUGCACCUACCGACACGGUCAUUGCUAGACACGUCCAGGAUAUCCAGGUGCCGGAUUCCAUUGCGCGCGACUUCCGGGCUAAGCACUCGCGCUCACCUGACAAACGGCACAUGGCUACUCCCUUCACACGUAGCAAGCACAACCUGACACUUAAGGAGCAAAACAGCAAGAUUGAUAAACUUAGCAAGGAAAACUUCGAUCUCAAGCUCAAAAUUCAUUUCCUUGACCAGGCGCUCCAGAACCGGUCUGACGAGGGAGUUAAGGAGAUGAUCUCAAAAAAUGUUCAACUGCAAACGGACCUAGCUACGGAGAAGAAGGAAGGUCAGUCGAUGCGAAAAAAGAUCAGGGAUCUGGAACGCAGGCUCAAGGCUCAAGAAGAAGGAUCCGCCAAUGCCAAAGAUGCUGCUAGUGGCUCUGAGGAUGGCAGAAGCGAACCGUCAUCGAGACAAGCGGAGCUGGAGGAGGAGAUAGAAUUCCUUCGAGAGCGUCUGGAGUCAACUGAGAUUACUGUAGAUCAGUGGCAACAAGAAGCUCUUCAAAAAGAAGCUGACAAUCGACGCAUGGCCGACUACAUCAAGGCAAUGCGCGAAAAGGGUUCGAGCGGAGAAGCCGCUGGUUUCGAUGAAGCUAUCAACAUGUGGAAGGAGGAUUUUGAGGAUGAACGAGCCAGACGCGAGCAAGUUGAGACACGUUGUCAACAAGCUGAAGCCGAAGCAGAUCAACUUCGCGAAGAAGCUCAGCGUCUAAGAGAACAGGUGCAAGAAUUGCAACAAAAUUCCAUGUCAACUCAUCAUACAAACAAAACCUUCAAUAAUUCACGGCGGAUCCACCAAUCCUUUAACGGACGCUCAAACGACGAUUUCGAAGGCAAUGACCCCACUGCACCAGCAUCAGCUGGCGGAGCUAGUAGCACUCUUGUGGAACAACUACAAAGCGACAACGACAAGCUACAGCGAGACUUGCAUGCACAGGCCUCCAUGCUCACAUCAAGGAACCGAGAGAAUCUCCGGCUGAGAGAAGAAAACGAGGGCCUGAAGCUUACAAUCAGGAGGGGAGAUGCUGGAUCAACUGCUGGCGAUAGCAUUUUGGAGCGCUCAGUUUCUCGUAACCACAUGCGGUCCGUGUCACGGGCAAGUGGUGGCACUCGCAAUACGCAAACAAGCGACCCUGAUCGAGAUGACUACGAAGCCAAGAAUGCAGCUCUGCGAGACGAGUUGUCGCACUUGAAACUGUCGUACAAAGAGCUUGACGACCAGUUGAACGGUCACCUCGAUAUGCUUGAGACCUCAGAGAACAAAGUAAGGGAACUGGAAAAGGAGAUAGAGGCUCAGACAGAAGAUCUUCAGGCUUUGGCCAGCGAACGUGAUGAGGCGCUGGAGCUGCUCCAAGACAAGGAACAAGAAUGCGAAGAGCUGAGACAGGAAGCCUUGGACACUGUACAACGGCUGGAAAUUGAGCUUGAGCAGAAGCAAAACGAGCGUGACCGCCUCUUCAAUGACUUGGAAAAUAUCACCGAAGACUUCCACGCUUUGCAGCAGGAAAUGAAGAACGUUAGCGAAAGUCUUUUAGCACUCGAAGACGAUCGAGAUGCAAGUCUGCGCAAGAUCCAAAAUCUGGAGUCUGAACUUAGCGACGCCAAUGAAGAGUUGAACAGGCAGGACAAGGUCAUCGGCGAAGAAAGAUCAAAGAAUGAGCGACUGGACAUUCAACUCGAGUCCUGCCAGGGUGAAAUCGAUUUCCUUCGAGAAGAACAAGAAAGCGACAAGAUCAAGAUUGGCGAGCUCGAGUCAGCUCUCAACCAUACCCAAGUUUCACUGCAAGAAGCAAGAGAACGUUCACGAGACCUUGAGGAGCGCAUGGUGGAAGAGAGACAGCAACGUGAUGCCUUGGAAAAUCAAGAGAAACAAGAGGUGGAAAAGAUCAUUACAGAUCUUAAUGCUCAGCUGACGAAGCUCAAAGAGGAAAGCAGGAAGCUGCGCAAGAGCCUCUCUAGCGCAGAAGUCGAUGCUACGACCUGGAAGCUACGACAUGAUGAGCUGGAGCAGACCCUUCGGGAAUCCCUUGGUAACCUCAGCGGUACCAGGGCUAGUCUUUUCAAGGAUAUUACAAAGCUCCAGCGAGACCUCCAGACUACCACACAAGAGCUCGAUGUUGUCAAAACAGACCUCGCAGAGAAGGAUCGACUCCUACGCAACCGUGAUACCCUUUUGGAAAACACUGGAAUGGAAAGUCGUCGCUUGUCUGAGCUUCUUGAGCGCGAGCGCCACGCACGUCGACAAGACCAAUCAGCCUUUGAAAAUGCAAAGCGCAGCCACCAGUCUACCUCCAGGGCGGUUCAGCAGCAAGAAGCAAAGAUUGUCGAACUUGAGAACCUUCGUAACCAAGACCGUCACAGACUCCACAAUCUGGAGAAGCAGUACAAGGAACAGCUACUUGAGCGCAACAAUCUUCUCUAUGCUCUAUGGAACCGACUAUCCACUCUUUGUGGUACCGAAUGGUCUCGUAACCACGCCGUUAUCAACGGAGAGCUCACGUCGAUGGAGCUCAUUUCGAAGAAUGUUACGGGCUUUAACAAGAAUAUCAUCUUUGCGGUGAGGACCGUAGAGGGUAUUAUUGGCAGCUUCAAGCAAAGGAUUCGAAACAUUGAGAAAGACUUGCUUCGCGACUACCAGACUCUUGAACACACUCUUGAAACUCGUGUCAAGAGGCUGGACCAGCUCGAAAAGCUCGUCAUGGCUCAACGACAGUCGAUUGGAAGACCUAGCACUGUUCGCGGUGGUGUUGUCGAUCUCAACACAGCCGAACUGAACAAGCUCCGGACUGAAAAUAAGACUUUGCGAUCUGAGGUUCAGACUCUUCGCGCCAUCACCACAACGACGCAGUCUGGAAACGACAUCAUUCUCAGCCGUUCUUCAUCAAGGGCUGGGUCACCCACCUCCAAUAAGCGUGCUAGCAUGGCACAAACGCUCCUGCGUGCGCAGUCCGCCUCGGUCGUGGAACAUCUCUCGUCAUCGACACCUGGCCACCCCUACCCUGCUGCUGGACCCGUUCAACCAAGUGAGCAGAAGUGGAUACAUCGUCUCAAGGAACUAGAACGACGACUAAAAGCCGAGCGAGAGGCGCGACUACUUGAUCGCAGCGGUGCUAGGAAGCGUUUGGAGCAGAAAGUCGAAGAGAACGCCGACUUACGAGCUGCUCUUGAGAAGGAGCGAGACCGAAGGGACGAAGAUAGCGAUCACGUGCAAAGAACCGCAUCAGCUAUGGGGAACCGAGUUGGAGGCAGCGGACGUGCUAGUGUGAUUGGAAGCAUGCGUCACGCUCAUGGGAAAGACAGGGAAGAGGAAAUGUAUUAG